AUUCGAUACUUCGAUUAUCAACCGUGGAGAUUAGGGAAGUGCGCAGGAUCUGACGCUUCUAUUCGGUCGUCAAGAAACCAUAACGUCAAUGUAAAUGUCAAAAUACACGAAAUACGCUAACAUCAAACAUGGCGGAACGGAACGACAGAAGUCAAUUGCCACCCGGCUGGGAGUGCAGAUACGAUGUUCGAAGUGGCAAAUCGUAUUACAUAAAUCAUUUCAACAAAACAACAUCAUGGGAAGAUCCUCGUGUGCGGUAUUGGCAAUAUGCUCAAUACUCACUGGCGCAAAAUUCUGCGGCACCCAGUCCAGCAACUUCGACAACAUUGCCAGAGUCUAUACCCAUGCAGAGUGGCGGAGGUGGUGGAACUGGUAGUUAUCUGGGAUAUGCAAGCACUUAUAGGGCACCACAGGUGUAUCCAACACCAUCGCCUUAUCGUAAUCCACAACCCGCAUUUUUAUCACCAGGUGUACAGGAAUUCAAGACUCCAAUGUCAUCAAGAUCAAUAAGCGCGAUGAUGAACAGAUUAGGUGAAAUGGCAAUCAACUCAACAACACCUGUUCGGAUUAUGGAAACUAACUUGAACCAAAAUGUGGACACAGAGGUUCAAGUAGCUAGGAUCAACGCUAUGUUCCCUACUGUCUCAGAUACUCACAUUCGGCUGUUAUUAAAAAAAUACCACAACAGAGCAGCAGUAGUGGUGAGUGCUCUUCAAGUUGAAAAGCAUCCUCUAUGCGCACCGGGACCUUGUACACCUGUGGCAGUACAUGCGCCCAAUGCUAUACCACGAUGGCGCCUUCCAGCUCACGCCAUACAUGCUGCGCUGACUUUAAGUCCGCCUCGAGGGGGCAGGCAACCCCCUCAUUCCCCAAAAAUGAAACUUAGGUACCUGAAAAAUGUAUUUCCAAAAGCUGAUGAAACAAUUCUGCUUGACAUUUUGGAACAAAGUGAUAACAAUGUACAAAAGGCAUCAGAAAAACUAAUCGAGCUCGGAUACGAGAAGCGCAGCCCCACUGGCCCCUCCAAAUCAUCAUUGAAGAAGCAAACAGAUGAACAAAAUCGUACUGAACAAACAGUGCCAACUCCUCCCCCACGAAUGAGGAGCCUUGAGGAAAAGAAUAAGAUGAAAAUGCGUUUGAUGGAUAAAUAUAAAGCUGUUCCGGACAAAGUCAUAAUGUUGGCAAUGGACAGUGUUGAUUAUGACGAAGAGAGGGCAAUUCAUAUCUUAGAUAUAAUGAUGGCCGAAGAAGCUACACAGACACCUCGAACAUCGAGUGGACACAGCAAUCGCAGUGACGAACAAAAAAGCAGUGCGCCAAUAACUGAAGCUAUAAAGUUGACGGCAUCGCCAAUUAAACAAAUCAAGUAUCCAAACUUAGAGAAGACAAAACGUUCUAAAAAUAGAAUUGAUACACCAAAAAUAUCUCGUGGAACUAGCACGACGGAAGAUAAAGAGUACAAGUCUCCUUACUUGACUAGACCUACCGGACCCAAUCCAGAUUUCAGAAAAGGACCCAAUGACAAUUUCUUAUUGGCUGAUUAUAUGCCUUGGGCAGGUCCGGAUGCAUCGCUCUUAAUAUCUGAGACUAGUAGGUCAUUGGCAGUUGGUCCUAACCGUGCAUUGGUAAGAGGAAGCUGCGCAAAAGGAGUUGGGCCAAAUUCUGCUUUUAGCAAAGGUCCAAUGCGAGGACUAGCUCAAGGUUCUAUAUAUUCUCAACGAAAUGCUGCUAAUACAGAGAGUCGAGGCAAAUGAAACAUAUUUAAUUGCUUUUUUUGAAUCAGUACAGUACCGAAAUAUAAAAUUUAUAUUCAUAUAAUGCGUUGUAGUAAAUACUCAGUGGUUUUGAAGAGAAAUUCAGUUACAGGCAUUACUUAUUUGUAAUUGAAACUUCAUUGAUAUCUUCACACCAAAGAAUGAAACCAUACAUUACUUUGAACAAGUUCUGUUGCUUCAUGUUUGCCAUAAGAAUUAUAUUUUGAUAGCGAUUAAUUUUUUAGAGAACAAAUUUUAUUCCUACCUAUAAUUAUGUAAUAUU